UUACAGAGGAGCUGUUGUUAGUGUACGACAUAACCAAGAGACAAACAUUUGAGAAUGUUCAAAGGUGGCUUCGUGAACUAAGAGACCAUGCAGAUUCCAACAUUGUUAUUAUGAUGGCUGGAAAUAAAUCUGAUUUGAAUCAUCUAAGAGCAGUAUCUUCUGAUGAUGCUCAAAGUUUGGCUGAGAAAGAGAGUCUUUCAUUUCUAGAGACUUCAGCAUUGGAAGCUUUAAAUGUUGAGAAGGCUUUUCAAACCAUUUUGUUUGAUAUUUAUCAAAUUAUAAGUAAAAAGGCACUUGCUGCACAAGAGUCUGCUUCUACUACUAGUCUUCCUCAUGGAACUACCAUAAAUGUUUCAAAUAUGUCUGGUACUGUGGAAAAGAAAUCUUGUUGCUCAAAUUAACAGGUUAUAAUAUGUAGAAAAUUACAAGAAGAACA